AUGAUAUCCUGGACCUCAAUCCAGAAUCGACCCAGCCGAGCUCUCGAAGAUCAGAGGAGCCUUUUGCAAGAUCCUCCGAACUGUUGUGACAGGCACGAGCUUAGUGAUCUGCUCCCGGACACGGACUACGAGUUCCACCUGCGGCAGCGUCUCCUGCUCUUGCCGGACAAAUGCACGGGCCUGUCGAGCGCUGGAGCCUCCACGACGCACGUGGACUUGCAGUGGAAGCCGCCUCAGGUGCUGGGAAACGAGCGGACGGCAGACCGGUGGCAGUUGCAGUGCGAAGAAGUGCGGAGCUACGAAGCGCAGCUCUCGAUAGCAGAGGAGGCGAGCCCGAGCGAGAAGCGGAGCCGGAGUCUGUCAAAGAGUAGGUCCUCGGCAGUGGUCGACUUGCCGGUGAGCAGAACUGACCUCUGCAGGCGCUGUCGCUGGGAGAUGGGGGGUUCGAACCUCCGCUCGCAGUCCUCGGAGCACUUGACGGGCCGUCUCGGGGGCUUGCGCCCAGACACCCUCUACUCGCUGGAGAUGUUCUGUGCCGUGAACUCCAUGGGUGCCGGCACAGCAGCGAGAGAGCUCCAAUUCUGGACCAUGCCUCUGAACCCGAUCAUCGAUAGCAUCCGCGUGCGGCAAGGCCUGGUGGUCCUAACACUCGGGGAAGUGGGAGGUGGGAACGUCCGCGAGUUCGCGUGGGACUCGGCGGAGCAGCGAGCUUUCUUGCGUCUGCUCCUGGACAAAAAAGAGCUGCUCCUCACGCGCUAUGAUCUCAAGGUGCAAGUCGUUGGCAUCGCCACUCGCAGCCGCGGCGUCGUCGCAGAUCCGAAGGGGCUCGAUCUGCGCGCCUGCCUGGCAGCAUCCUCUCUGCCGGGCCUGGGGGUCGCGGAGUUGGAGGAUGCAGAGGCUCUCUUGGCGUACCUCGAUGGGCAAUGCGAUGCAGUGCUGGAGGCCAUCAAUGCCUCACACUCGGAUGGUGAGCCUGCCUUGACGCUCCUUCAGUCGGCGCUCUCCAUGUCAUUACCGGCACAUGCCAUCACGGCCAGCAAGCCGCCGGUGGCCUUCGGCUAUCGCAGGCUUCGGCGGUCGACCGCCCGUGUGAACAAUUGCAAGUAG